AUGGACCUUGCUCGAUUAGGUUUAAUAUCACCACAAAGAAGAAGGAAAUGGCUGAUUCUGCUAGCGAUUACCGGAAUUUCUGGCUACGGAGCUUACAAGGUCUACAACUCUCAAUACAUCGCGAGGAAGACGAAGCGUCUCACGAAGCUCCUCGGAGGAAUCGUUUCCUUCGCCGAGCUGGUAAUCGAUUCCGCCGAGACGAUAAGCAUCGUCUCCCGAGACUUGAAAGAGAUUCUCGAAUCGGAUUCCGACGAAAUCCCUAAAAGCUUGAAACAGAUCGCGAAGAUCACCAAAUCGAAAGAGUUCGCUGAUUCUCUAUCUAGGGUUUCUGAGGCCGUCUCGAUUGGGUUUUUCCGCGGUUAUCAGGAAUCGAAAAAUUCGGAAUCAGGAAUCGGAAUCAAAUCGAAAUCGAGUGUGGUUGAGAGAUUUCUCUUCUCGGAAUCAGGAACUGGUUUCGUCUCCGUCGUUGUUGGUAGCUUUGCGAAGAAUCUCGUUCUUGGAUUCUACUCUGAUGAGAUUGUUGUGAGUGGUAAUGGUAGUGAUUCUGAGAAAUGGAUGAGUUUGCUGAGAGACGAUAAGUGUAGAGAGCUGUUUGCAGAUUGCAUCGAGAGAUUCACUAGCUCGGCAGUAUCAGUCUACAUCGAGAGAACAGUUGGGAUCAACACAUACGAUCAGAUAUUCUCCGGUUUAACGAAUCCGAAGCAUCGAGACGGCGCGAGAGACGUUCUUGUUUCCGUCUGUAACGGAGCUCUCGAGACGUUCAUUAGAACCUCUCACGACGUUUUCACAUCCAAAGAAGAAACAGAGAUGAUGAGGAGGAAGAAGGAGGAUUGUUCAGGGAACGGAUGGGCAGAGGCGGUUGCGACUACGUUAGCGGUGCCGAGUAAUCGGAAGUUUAUGUUUGAUGUUACGGGGAGAGUGACGUUGGAGACGAUGAGAUCGAUUGUUGAGUUUGUGAUCUUGAAGACGACGCAGAGCUUUAGGAGGAGUUUUGAUUUGGUUCAGGGAGAAGUUACGGAGAGAGGACGUCAAGUUGUUGGGUAUGUUGGUGCUAAGUCUUCAGUGAUUAUCACUGUUUGUCUCGCGGUUUAUCUUCAUGUUGUGAACCGGUGUAUUCGAGGUUCUCCGGUUAGCUUAAACCAGCUUUUCUAA